UUACAUGUCACUACGAGGCUGCCAUGGCAGCGCGUCGAGACCGCCGCGGCAGCACGACGCGGCCGGCGGCACGACGACGCCGCCACAGCAGCACGACGCGGCCGCCAUGGCAGCGAGAGAGAGAGAGAGAGAGAGAGAGAGAGAGAGAGAGAGAGAGAGAGAGAGAGAGAGAGAGAGAGAGAGAGAGAGAGAGAGAGAGAGAGAGAGAGAGAGAGAGAGGAGUGCACAGCGGAAGCGAGAAGAAGGUCCAGCAUAUUGAACCUGCUCUGAUUCCAUAUCAAAA